AUGGCGUGGCCGAACCCAUUCCGGCGGCGUGACGAGAACACCAGGACCUGCUGGGGGUAUACCUUCCAGCUGACGCCCGAGCAUCUCACGCCGGAGCAGGCCCAGCCCCUGAAAUUCAGCUACGACGUGUUGGGCGAAGAAUGCUACGAGAUCCUCGACCAGAUGAGCAAACCACUGCAGGUCUCACAAUCCUCCGACGAGAAGGCCGCUCCCACAUCGACAACAUCCGUGGUCCAAGAUCCCGAUGCGGCUUCUUCUCCGCCACGCCCGCCCAAGCGUGACCUGUACGUCCUCCUCCGGGACAACAGGCACACGCACCCCAAGCUCCAGCGUCUGUGGGACGAAGCCACGACCACACCCGAAUGGGUGUCGUGGCCGCAGAUCGCGCGGGGGCAGGACGUCUUUUACCGGUACGGCGCCGCCACGCUGACGGGGCUGGCGUACCAGUCGCUGCUAGGCGGGAUGGGGGCGCACCGCGUGGUCGAAGUGCUGGCCCGCACGGGGGGCUUCUCGCCCAAAGUCGCGCGGCACCGACUGUUCGAAACGACGCAGCACAUCCUGCAGUGCACGCGCGACGUGGCCUCGAUCCAGCCCGGGGGCGACGGGUUCGCGAGCUCGCUGCGCGUGCGCCUCCUGCACGCGGCGGUGCGGCGGCGGAUCAUGCGGCUCGCGCGCUCACACCCGUCGUACUACGACGUCGCGGCCUACGGCGUGCCGAUCAACGACCUGGACUGCAUCGCCACGAUCGGCACCUUCAGCGCGACCAUCAUCUUCCUCAGCCUGCCGCGGCAGGGGAUCUUCCUCACGCGGCGAGAAACGGAAGACUACAUCGCCCUGUGGCGGCUGAUCGCGCACUACGUGGGCACGCCGACGGCGUGGUUCGACACGCCCGAGCGCGCCCGCCGCGUCAUGGAGUCUCUGCUGCUCCACGAGAUCAACCCGUCCAACACGAGCCAGGUGCUGGCCAACAACGUCAUCCGCUGUCUGGAGAACCAGCCGCCCACGUACGCGAGCCGCCAGUUCCUCGAGGUGAAUGCGCGCUGGCUGAACGGGCGCGAGCUGGCCGAUGCGCUGGGUCUGGGCAACCCGGGCUGGUGGUACUGGGCGCUCAUGGCCGGCCAGUGCAUCUUCUUCAGCUGUCUCUGUUACACGUAUCGCAGCGUGCCCGCGCUGGAUCGGCGGAAGAUCGACACGCUCCGGAAGGUCUUUUGGGCCGUGAUUGUCGAGGGCAAGUACGGCCUAGGCGGCGAGGAGACCGUGUUCGAGUUCAAAUACGUGCCCGAGUUGGGCCUGGGCACGGGGAAGGGCGACGAUGCCGAGGUCAGGGGCAAGGAAGUGGGUAUCGAGAGGAGGAACUUCAACACGUUGGUGGUGGCCGCUGGUGUGCUGGUCGCAGUAGGCUAUCUCGGCGUCAAGGUGUCGAUGGCGGUCCUGGGGAGGGUCUUCUAA